CGGCGGCUCAAGGCGGCUGUGUCACCGAGUGCAAGAAAGUAAACUGCAUCGUGCAGAACUCAAGCAAAAACGUCAAACAGCAGGGGCGAUUUGUUUUCGUUCCGACUUUUCGUGUGGUGCCGGCGAAUAAAAUAUCGGAAAAAUGUCCUUCGCGGUAAAUCUUGUUUCGUGCAUCGGAAGGGUGCUCUGGCAACCGCAGGUGAUGCCUGUGCGCUUCCGCUAUCACGCCGAUAAGCUGGCGCGAGGUCCGUUGGUGCGGCGCCAUGGCUACGAAGACAGGAUCCUUCAGCGAGGUCUGUUACCUCAUUUAGAUAACGGCCAGAAGCUACCGAUGCCGGAUUAUAAACCAAAGAAUGCCUGGUGUGAAAAGCGUGCGCUGUUCGGACAGAAUGAUUACAUCGAUAUCCUGGGAAACGAUCGGCUGCACCCAACACGCGUCCUGUAUUCCGUGCCCUCCUGGCUGCGGGGAAUCUCCGGCAACGAAUAUCAGGUGUUGCUAAGGAAAAGGAAGAUGCUCAGUCGAACCAUUUAUCCUAUUGCCCGGCCGACAAAGUGGCGAGACAUGGAGAAGCGCAUCUCAUACUUGUAUCGUUUCCUGAACCGCAAAACCAAAACCGGUGCCUCGAAUGUCUAAGCGGACGUUGAGGGUGUUACAUAGUAGUCAAUAAAUGAUACCUCUCGCGGUCGAACC